AUGCUCAAGCCAGAGCCAUCAAUGCAGUACCCUUAUGAGGCUCUGGAAUCAGUGUCUAUGGUUGAAGAUGUUAUUUCGGAGUACCUUAUUGGGGAAAAUGCAUAUUCUUUAGAAGAUAAUAUUUCUGUUCAGCACCUGCCACACACUGACCAAAACAUUUUUCUUGUUUUGGAAGUGGACGAAGAAAGUUUGGGAAUUCCCUCGUGCUUAUCUAUGGUAGACAUUGUUGGCUCGUAUUUUGAAAAUAUCAGACCUCAAAAUUUUGACGAACGAUAUCAAUCCAUAACAGAGGGCAAGGAACUUUUGGAUCCCAAGAAGUAUAACAUGAUGAAGUUUUUCUCAGAUGACUGUCUAUCAAAGAAGAGCCUGGUGUUAUCAGAUCUGUUUCCUGAAAGUGAUUUUAUAAUUAUGUUGGAAAUUGAACAUGUUGAUAGUGCUUUAUUUGUGAAUCUAGUUACCUUCCAGGAAUUCGUUUUCCUUGAUGAGGACUUAAUUCAAACCUAUGAAGCUUUCUACGACAUAAAAGCAUCGGAUGAUAUAGAAACAAGUGACUGCAUGUUUAAGAAAGAGUUUGAUUUCAAAAGUUUUGAUGAGCUGAUUGUUAGUAAUGAGAUAGCAUUAACAGAUGAGACGUUCAAAUCACUGCCUGUACCUGUUAUCUCUGAUUACGAAAAGAUGAUAUCUCUGCAUGAUAUCAUUGAAGAAAUAUUUUCCAACUUGAAGACUCGACCCUUAUCUGCAUCUGACGGAAUUUACUUAAACUGGGAUCUACUAGAAGAAGAUAAAUGCAAUUGCGAAAUGUCUAACUGGUUUCAGAACAUAUGGGCCAAGAUAGAUCUGAACGACCAAGAUUUCGGACGAAAAUCUUUUGACGAUAGAAAAUUGAUAUUUGAUUUAGUUUUAUACGGUGAUUCUAUUGGUGAAUGUGGCAUUAAACAAAGUGAAGAGUUGCAGAAUCUGCUUUCUGAUUGCAUGCCUCUGCUUGACAAUCAGCCUGUUGAAUUUGCUUCAGUCGAACUAUUAGAACAUGGAUCCUCUAAACAAGAAAGUCGAGAACAAUUAGAAAGAAAUGCUGAGAGGGCUUCGUUGUUAUUUAAGUCUAUGUCAGAAAUCAGCAAUCUUGAUUAUUUCUUAAACCCUCAAAAAGCGACUGUUGAGAGGAAUUGUGAUAUUGCAGUAGAGUCCACCAGUGCUAAUGUUAGUGUUCGAAAAGUUACAUCCACUGAAUUGAAGGCUGGUCUACAGUCACAAGGAUGGCACACUGUUUUGCAUAGAGUUAAGUUGUCCGACAAUAUUGUGGCCCUUAGUGGAUAUUUUGAAAAAAGCUAUCUAGCCAUUUUGCAGAAUGAUACAGAGCUGACAAAGACGUGUAACUCAGAUACAGAUUAUUUUAAAUUGUUGAGUCUUCAAAAGCACCAGCUGAUUGAAUACCAUGUAAAUGGAAACAAUAUGGCAUUUAUUGUGUUAAGUGCAAUUAAACAGGCUGCUUGGUACUUGUGUUUCUAUGGUCUUCAUCCAGCAUGCUUGUAUGUCGACAAAUUAUGUCAAAACUUGGACUACUUGAAAUCAAGAUUAGGCUUCCUCCAAUUUAUGAUUAAAGACGAAAACAGGAAGGCGGACAACAAUAUUACUAUGGCACACCCGUCACUAACAAUUGUCAAGGAAAUUUUACAGUCAAACAUCAAACGGAAAAGUUUGAAAGCGUUAAUUGUGGCUGAAGAAGUAUUCUGGUGUUCAUUGAAAAAUCUCCUUCUUUCCUUGGGGUUAUCAUUCAGUGAACUAAAUAAUUCUUACGCAAAUCAGCCAUAUGCAAAUAAUGUUCCUGAGGAGACAGAUACUAAACUGAAGGAACUUCUGAUUUCAGACUGCUUGCUGGUUUCAUACAAGCAUGUUUCAAGAUUGUUUCCAGUCAACAAAUUUGACAUUAUUUUGGAAUAUGGAGGUCCAUGUGGCUCAUCUAGAAUAUCUGAAUUUUCACCGAACUCGGUUGGAUUGCCACAUCUUCAUUUUUUGACGGUUGAAUUGGAUGGCCAUUCUGCUCUAAAAGCACUCUGUGAAGGUGUCGAAAUGCCCGCAAACACUGAAAUCUUAAUGGAAAGUGAAUCUCAUCUUAUUUUCAAUCAUAAGGAAAGUAUGAUGAAUCAGAAGUUAGAGGGAUUACUGAACUUUUGUCCUGUGGAGCAAAGCUAUGAUAUAAAAUCUUCAAAGAUUGCACCUGAAGCAGACAAUUUUGUGCCACUAAUUCCAGUUGUGGAAACUGAGCAUGGUCAUCUGAACAUGGAGCCUUUUCCUGAAUCAGUUAUCAUUGUGAAUACUCAAAAUGAAGAUAAGGAAAUGAUAAUGUCUAGAAGAAGCUCUUACCAAGUAAUUCUUGCGAUGGAGAAAGGAGGAAUUCAAGUUGUUGAACGUGAUUUAGAUUUGCCUGUGGAUCUUAUAAUAAGUUCUGCAAUUUGCUUGGCAUGGUAUACUAGUAGAAACCUUGGGAAGAAAGCAACUCCGGUGACUGAAGCAUCUUCAAGCUUGCCCUUAUGUAUUGAGAAUAUUGCAACAGACGUUCUGACAUUACUUAGUUUUUACUUCCGUGGCUGUGUUUUCUUCUCUUUUCAGGUCUUUGAGGGAGAAUUUAACUUUCUUUCAGUUGUGAUGGAAUCCUCAGAUGGACUUUAUGCAGCAGCAGCAAGCCUGGGAAUUGAUUUGCAGAUCUUCUUCUCUUACUCACCUGUGUUGACAAACGAAGUUAUGCUAAGCUGCAUUAAGAGUGCUACCAGAUUGACAAGGGGUGUGUACCCUAAAAUGCCUGACUCGGUAACUCUUGCAGAGUCAUUUCUUACGCAAUUUCCUGGAAUAAAUCCUUUAACGGCACACGCUAUACUAUCUUCAGGAUCCAUGCUUAAUGAGUUUCUUGAGUGGUCACAUGAACAAAGGAUCCGUGUUUUAGAAAAGUAUCAUGUUCCAGAAGAGAGUAUUUCUCUAUUCAGUGUUUUCUGCAGAUAUGGGGAGAGGGAGGAUUCAAAAUCCAUAAUGACAGACUGCUCCUCUUCGGUAUCUUCUGGUCCAGACUCAGAUAGGUGUCGUUUAUAUCAAAUUAACAAUGAAAGAAAAAGAAAAAAUCCUACAAGUAGUCAUGAGAAAGAUAAACUAUGUUAUGAUGAAUUAUUGCAGUUCGAGACACUAAAUCAAGAAGUUGAGGCUGUCCUGGAUUCAUCUACCUUGCCAAAACCCUUUGUUCAUGGUAUGUCAAAAGAUGCUGGGAGAUCCAAUGACAUAGCAAAGGUUAGUUUGCCCAUGAGUGAUCAUUUUGGUCAAAAGCAAAGAAUCAGUGCGACUACUAUGAGGAACCCUUCUAGAGUUACCCAGUCAUCAUGGAACUGCAAAGCUCCCCAAUUAUCAGAGCAGCUAGAACAGCCCUGUUUAUCUUUGAAAAAUAAUGAGUUGGCUCAAAAUGAAAUACUGGAUAACGCUUUGAUGUGCAAAAGUUUAAAUUGGCAUAGUCUUGGUAAUUCUGAGAAGCUGCAUGAGGACGUUGGAGGUGAGGUUGUUGACUUGACUGAUAGUCCACUAUUAGAUAAAAACUUCUCUAUUACUGACUCCAUGUACUUCCCAAGUUUGAUGACUGAGACAGAGAAUGACCUGAUAAGAAAGAAUAAAAUUGCACGGAGAUUAUCAUACGAUAAUAGCAGUCGCCCUGAAACCAGUUCAUCGAAAAUGUGGAGAUCCUUAAAAGGUGCACGAGGAGAAGUUGAGGACUACCCGGAACCAGAUUUUGGAAAAGAUGCAUUUCCUUUUGAUUUCAAGCCACGUGAAAACAUUGGUUUAACUCAAGCAGCUGUGAGAAACGUACAAGGAUUACCCUUCCAAGAGGAAAUGUCACAUCUGAGCGAAACUCCACUCUCACGUGCCCGGCUGUCAGCUAGUCCAUUAAAGAAUUCACCUUGGACAACUGAAUUUAUUAAUAGGAUAAAAGAAAAGGGAAAAUUGCGUCAAAAAUCAUUAUCAUGUGAGAAAUCUGGCCCUUGUUUUGGGUACCCGGGGAAUAUGUCGAAAGUUUCUAAGAGAAGAAGUCCUUCUUUAAUAGAAUUCUUUAAGUACCAACCUAGUAGAACACCUGGAAAUAUUCCAGAACAGAAAAGACAGAAGCAAUCUGGACAAUCUUCGAACUCGGUCAAGAAAGCAAGAUAUUCCGCUUAUAUAUCCUCAUGGACUCCUAAUGAUAAGAGAUCAACGAAGACACUGACUUUUGGGAGGAACGAGAGCGGAAGCCAAACUAAGCUGGUCUGGAUGGAUGGAAAUAAGUCACUGUUCCAGGCACAAUAAUCUAUCAUUGGAGAGAAGAAUGGAGAUUUUAUAUUAUAUAUUACGAUGGGCUUAACCUUUUGAAAGUGACCGACUUCUGAUAUGGAUGGAAGUUGAAGCCAAACUAAGCUGGUUUCGAAUGAUGAAAAUGGAAUUCAAGAUCAGAACAAUAAUACAGGAUAAUCUAUCUUUGGAGCGAAUGGAG